ACGAAUUUAAAAUAUGAACGGAUAACUUUAACGGAUAACAGAAUUGAUAUGACAUUUUUUGACUUUAUCAUUUUCCUUUUUCUGAUUAAUCUCGUUCAAGGGCAAACUCCAAGCGGUACAUCAAAUUUUCGAAACUACAGAUUAGAAGUAUUUCAAGGUGGAAAGGGAUAUGAUGAUGCUAAGGCUGUAUGUGAAGGAAGAAAUGCAUGGCUUGUUGAGAUUAAAGAUGAAGAAACUCAAGCUGCAGUGAGACAGUUAACAACCCACAUUAUUUGGAUCGGUUUGCAUUAUGACAGUGGAUGGAAAUGGAACAACAUGGAUUCAUUGAAAUAUACCAAUUGGGCCACUGAUAAUCCCCGAACUGUUGACAUCAAAUGGAAUAACUACUGUGGAGCAUCUAGAACUUCCGAUGGAAAAUGGUAUAACAGUGACUGCAUUCCCGGUUUGCGGUAUGUUUGUCAAUCAGAUUUGACUUGGACCCUUCAUAACAGUAAAUUGGCUUUAACAAUAAUUAGUAGCCCGAAGAAAUCAUUUGCUGAUGCGAGAUCAGCUUGCACUGCAAUUGAAAAAAGCUUAGUUUCCAUUACACCUAAUGCAUUAGAUUCAUUCUUGACGACAAAACUAUCUCAGAAUGGUACGAUGAAUUACUGGACAAGUGGAAGUGAUUCAGAGACAGAAGGCAUUUGGAAAUGGGGAGAUGGAACAACUUUUAGUAAAACUGAUCCAAAUUGGAAGAAGUGGAUAUUUGAGAGAGGUGAGCCAAAUGGGGGAACAAAUGAAAACUGUUUGAUAAAAUAUGCCAAUGCAAAAUAUAAAUGGGUUGAUAUGAGUUGUACAGCAAAAGCUGGUUAUAUCUGUCAGAAGGACGUGAAAUCUGGUAACUGUGGUAGUGAUGUGUGCUUAAAAAAUGGAAGCUGCAAGAUUAAGAAUUCACGGUAUACAUGCACAUGUAAUGCGGGUUAUUUCGGAACAAAAUGCGAAAAAGGCAAGAUUUAA